GAUUUCCUUGUGGAGACGGAGGUAAACGCAGCUGCCUGAACCCUGCACGCGGAUGCAUAUAAACUCUCAACUGUUGCCCUUUUAUAGAGCUCGCGGUGACCUAGGCUUGGGAAGGCCCGUUGUCGCAGGAAGCUGCAGGGAGCGUCUUGGAUUGGGUCAGCGGGAUCUAAGGCAAUCUUCGUGGGUUUGAGCAGCAAGUUCUCAGGAUCACAGAUGAACAGGAGGACCUCCAAGAAGACCAAGGUGACGCCGGCCGCAGCCCCAUCGACGUCUUCGCCAAGGAAAAAUACUGCCACGGGGAGGAAAGGCGAUGACGAAGAGAUGGAGAAGAACAUUUGGUUAGAUCCGGAUGCUCUCUCCGUCGACUGUGGCAUCUGCUUCAUGCCUUUCGAGGCUGAGGCCGCACUUCAUGAGCUCCAUCAUUACGGUGAUGUUUCAAUUAUUUGGUUUGUACGGUGGUGUAUCAUAACCCUUACUGUUCUAAUCUCUAAUCUCUUCAGUGCAACAACGGCCACGUCGCAUGCGCGAAGUGCUGCAUCCGCCUCAACCGAAAGUGUUGUUCUUGCGACGAGCCCAUCGGCGAUCCGCCUCAACCGAAAGUGUUGGUCUUGUGACGAGCCCAUCGGCGACGUUCGGUGCCGCCCAGUGGAGAAUAUCCUCGGAGAGAUGAACACGAUCUGCAAGUUCAGGAAGUAUGGCUGCGGCGAGACCAUCAAGUACAUCGACAAGCGGAAGCACGAGGAGACCUGCCCCCGCGCGCCGUACUACUGCCCCGUCGGCGGCUGCAGCUACCGCGGCUUGCUGCUGUACAGGCACGUCCUCGACGACCACGCGGCCGCCGCCGCCUCCGUUGCCUACGGCCAGGCCACGACGGUGACGCUUCACAAGGGCGCGCCGUUCUGCGUGCUGGUGCAGGCCGGCAUGGGGAGGGUGUUCCUGCUGCUCAACGGCGGCGGCGUACUGGCGGGGCGGUCACUGUCGCUGGUGUGCCUCGGCCCGCGCCCCGAGGGGAACGUCGAGAUCAACUACAAGAUGGAGGUGCGCGGCAGCGAGCCCGGCGCGCUCUCGCUGGCGGGGACGGUGCCGUGCAUCCGGCUGCUCGAGGGCUACGAGGCCAAGAAGUUCCUCUUCGUGCCGGACGCGGACUGGGGGCCUUCCGGCACCGUCUCCGUCAGCAUCCGCAUCGGCUGACGAGGCCUCGGGUGGUGAUUCCGUCCGGUCCCAUUUCAUAGUAGCUUUGUUUGUUGUUAGGUGUUUGUUGUUAGUGGCUAUGAGCUCCUUAUGAGCAUGGUUUGGGGAGUUUUAGGCAUGGUUUUGCUGCACUAUAGAUGCGGAUGCCUGACUAUGCUAAACUUUUGUAAAGAACUGGGUUGGGUAGUAGGCUUGUAGCCAGGAGCAAAGAGUUUGCAGGUGCUUUUGCUGAUCGAUCCGCCUCUGGGCUUGGUUUACCGUAUGCUUGUUUAGCAACGAGUAAAGAUAUGUUGGUGUUGGAUGGUUUUCUGUAGUAAUGGAGAACUGAAAGGUACGAUGGUACUAUACUCUUAUGUAUUUUAUGUACAUGAA